AAAACAGGCCACUGGGAAUGCUGGUGUGUACGGUCUCUGCCUUUCUGAAAAGCUUACGGCAGGUGUGUUAAAGACAGAAGCCAAAUAGUGAGAAAGAGGGAGAAAGAUAGAGAAAGAAAAAAAUGAAGGGUACUGUUAAGUCCUUGCAUGAAAUCAGUGCAUAUUACAACACCCAAUCGUUGGCAGCCAAGAUGAAGACAUUCAGCGUUAUGCUCAAGCUGUAGAGGUGACUUUGUGCCUGAAUAUGGUGACGUUAAUGACUGCAGGACAGUAUCUGAGUUCGCUGUUGUUGUAAAGGCCACAAUCAUGCCAUAUGUGUAAGCUUACUAAUGUACUCACCGAAAUCACAUUUCAUACUCAAUUGAUUAAAAACCAAACAGUAGCCUACAUUGUUUUCUGUGGUAGUGUUGCUGAAGUAACCCCAAGCAGUAAUUCUCAUAUGAUAACAUGCCUGUGGUCAGGAGGGCAUCACCAAGUUCAGUCAUUCCACCCCCUAGUGGUGAGACCUGGCACAAACCAGGUCACUGGAGGUCUGGCAUUUUGUAUUGUUCAUAAGCAUCAAAUCUCCAACAUCUUUUUGGUUCAGAUGUGAUGUUAAUGACAUACAAGUACCGUAAAAUGAAAGCUUCAUGGUUGUCUCAGGCCUUGUCCUAUGUGGGCUGCGCUGUGAGCAAUAGAGAGGAGAAGAGUGGGUAGGGACCAGCUGCUAACCAUAAGCAGGAUUGUUUUCAGGAGUGGGACGGAGGUUACAGCACACUCUCCCACCUGAUUUCAGUUACAGCUCACACACAGGCCAAACACACACCAUUGACUGUGCACACCUUGUCUCCUCCUUCAUAAAAAGGUGUAUUUCUUUCAUUUAAUGUGAGAAAGGGUCUGAUUCCAUUGUAAAUGUGCUGGAGGCUGUACACAUUUGCUAGUUAAUGUAUUUUGAGGUAUCAGUGUGUAUUGAAAUAUUUUAGACUAUAUUUCAGGUUUUAUACCGUCGACUCUAGUUAAGUUAGAUAUAUUUUGAGACCUAUUAAAGAAGUAGCUUAAUUUGAGCACAGAAGUGAGGAAUAUUUGUGACCACAUUUAUUACCUAUGAGACAUCUUCAAUGUGUAGUUAAUUGUGUGUAGGACAUCGCUGAAAGACUGUCAAAACUUAUAUUUUAAAUAUGCUAUAGUUUUAGGUACUGUUUGAAGUCAUGAAUGGAGGCAAUUAAGAGCAAAUUGAGUAAUCACCUCAAAUGCGUUCAAAGAGCACUUCAGUCUGGAAAUCAAGAACAGGAAAUUGUUAAUUACCUGAUUAGGCAAGGGUCUGCACUGCUAUAACAUACACAACACAACGUCACGAUUAUAGCCCAACACUAAUUGUUAAUCAGACCGUGACCUUUUCGUAAGGUUUGGGACACUCAGAUUUUGGUUGUGAGCCUCGAUGGUCGGGUCCAAUCUUUGCAAGGCUCGACAGAGGAAUGUAGCAGUGUCAACCAUAGACAUAUAUAGAUCUAUAUAUCUAUAUACAGUAUGUCUAUGGUGUCAACACUUUUAAGUGCUUCAAUGUGGACACUUCACCUUUUCACUCCCUCAAGGGUGCUGUUGUCGCUCUUCAGACGCUGAUGGAACACUUUACUGGUCUGUGUGGAAAGAAUGCGUUGAGCUCGCAAAGCCAAGCAUUCAGAAGCAGUUUUUUGUAUUCUCACAAAAGAAAAGGUUUUUAAAGGAAAAUGGUAGACUCGUCCAGUUCUCUUAUUCUGCAGUUUCUUAAGAAAGUCAUGGGUAAAAAAUAUUUUGACAGAGCUCCAUGCUUUCUGCCUUAAUUCUAAAUUACAUAAUUUCUUAAUGGCUUUUUCUACUUUUUUCACAGAGCCUCUGAAGGAUUGAUCUUCGAAGACCUGAGCACAAGAGAAGAGGAACACAGAGGUCUCGGAGGAUCACAUCAGCACAGCAAUCCUUUUGCCAAGGCGUAACUGUGUGGGUUUUAUCCGAAUCAAGAGAGACCUGUGGCCAGAACAUUACAAUGCAUUCAUUGCUGAGGCAGGCUGAAUGGACAAGGAGUUACUCAGUACUGGAAAAAAAUCGAAUUUUACCUGCAUGACUACAAUAGCUCUCUGAGUACUUUUUAAUGAUGUCCUUUUCUGUCCAUUUAAAUGACUUUUGGAUCACAACAGAAUUACACUCACUCAAUGAAGGGCUGGACUGCCUUGUAACAUAUCACUGAAAAAAGGAGCCAAAACUUGAAGCCUUCUGACUCUCCUCUGCCAAUGUCUCUGUGCUCAGGGGGAUCACUGCGAUCCUGUCACUGAGUCAAUGUGGCAAGACAACCUGGCUCUCGGAGAAGCAUUAGUGUAGUUUACGUAAGGCCUCCUCCCCACUCUAUGGAGGCUGAGCACAGCCACCUGACCGAAGGGGAGCAGUCGGGAGGGCACCCAUCUCAGCAGCAGCAGCAGCAGCAGCAGCAGCAGCAGCAGCAGCAGCAGCAGCAGCAGCAGCAGCAGCAGCGUCACUCUGAGUCCCAGCUUGUAGCCAGUUUGCCUCACUCCCCCCUCCACAAGCCACAGCAAAAGGCCGCAUCCAGAUCAGUACAUGGAUCCUACGGCCGCCACCAUCACCACCGUCAACCAAAACGGAGCGACAUGCUCCAAGGACUGCACCCCCAGCAGCAGCAGCGCACGCAGGUGUCUGAGGCAGGAACAGCGCCUUGGCAGCUUCAAAAUGUUCCCGGUCCCUCAAGUAGCAGCUUCAGAUCCCCUUCAUCCAUCACCUCGUCCUCCACGGCAUCAUCAUCGUCCAACCCGGUGCAACCCUCUCAGGGUGCCUCAUCUCAGCAGGGGCAAGAGGGGCAGGAAACAGGCGCCCCUUCCAGGCGGGAGCGAAAGCCUCCGAAGCCAGGGAAGUACGUUUGCACUUACUGUGGCCGUCCGUGUGCUAAGCCCAGCGUUCUACAGAAACACAUCCGCUCUCACACAGGGGAGCGACCUUACCCUUGCGUCCCCUGUGGCUUCUCUUUCAAAACCAAAAGCAACCUGUACAAGCACCGCAAGUCCCACGCUCACCGGAUUAAAGUGGGCUCAGUGUCCAGUCGCGAUGAGCACAGCCUGAGUGGGCCCGAAGGUGGAACUGGAGGAGACGAGCAGGGGGACCCCACGGAAGGUGAAAGCACUGACUCAGAGGACGAAACCGGUCGUCACCAUCCAUCCACCUCCCAGGACAGGCCGACUCUCAAGAAAAGUAGUCACGUUGAACUGUCAUUCUCAGAGGACACCCUCAGGCCUGAGGCCGUUAAACAGAGACUAGCAAUGCGGCUGAGUGAGAGGAACCGCCUGCCCAAAGCUUUGUCCGAUGAACACCCAUCUUCACUUGGUCCAGGUAGCAAAGGCAGCACUGAGUCUGGAUACUUCUCUCUCUCAGGGAGCUCUGACCUCUCUCAGGUCAGCUCUCCCAAUGUCAAUGCCAAAAGCUAUGCGGAAAUUAUUCUGGGUAAAUACGGGAGACUUGGCCAGCAGCCAAGGAGCCCACAGCAGCAACAACCACAGUCAUCCUCCUCCUCUCUACCAUCAGGACUUGAAGAAAAAAACAUCCCCUUCACUGUGCCAAAGACACAGGUCAUAGAGCACAUCACAAAACUCAUCACCAUCAAUGAGGCAGUGGUCGACACGAGUGAAAUUGACAGUGUCAAACCAAGACGUUCCUCACUCUCCAGAAGGGAUAGCAUCGAAUUGCUCAAAUUCUCAUCCCCCAAAGAGAUCAGCGACGUCGGCUUCAUCAGCGGACAUCCGUCUCAUGGCGUCUACGAAAUGCUCUCUCCCUUGUCGUCAGAUUCAGAAUCCCUAUCUGGCCAGGGCCCAAGCACAGCCCUCCAGAGAAGUCGCUCCAUGCCCUCGCCAGCUGUCCAGGAAGACCCUGCAAGCACCGCAUCCUCUGGCUUCCGUCAGAGCCAAUCGUUUGAUGAGCAGCAGGCAAUAGUGGCCGAGAUGCGGGUAGGCCACCACCGAAUGUUACGGCGUCAACCAGCCAUUGAGGUACCCCUUGGGGGAGAGCUUAUUCCCGAGGAGUCUGGUGUCUCCACAUCCGCAGGUAAGGAGACAGAAUUGGGACUGCGCCAGCUCAAGGGCCCUAUCAUCUACGAUUGCGAGGCCUGUGGCACUUCCUGGAAGAAUCGGGAGAGUUACGAGGCUCACAGAGAGCUGUGUGUGGGACGACUUUCCCAGGAACUGCAGAAAGGGACGGAGGCCAGUGCUUUCCGUGAAGAUAGGCCGCAGAUGAUGCAAAACAAGUUCAGAGCCCUGGCGAUGGCUAUGCGGAAAAGGAGAAAAGAAGAGAGUCUGGAGGAGGAUCCCCCAAGUCCAGGACCAGCAGCAGUUACCUUUAGCCAUGUAACCAUGAAAUCUUUACCCGGGGUAGAGAAACAUACAGACGUCCCUACAGGUGUCAUCUGUGAAGUUGACCAAGAGAGGAAAACCUCCUGGAAAGAAAUCUCUGUGAUCCAACACACAAGCUCUUUCGAAAAACAGGAGAGCAUGUCGAUCGAGAGCCAGGAAACGGAGUUUGAAGAACAACAUCAGCCGACAGAGCAACAGCCAAAGUCGUCUCCUACUGCAUCCCGACUGGUCCGCCAGUCCAACAUACAAGUGCCAGAAAUCCUGGUCACCGAGGAGUCAGACACCGACAUGGUGUUAGCCUCUCCACCAGCUGCUGCAGCUUCCUCCAAAGAGCCAGAAAAGGUUGAGGAGUUCCAAUGGCCUCAGCGUAGCGAAAGUAUGGCUCAGCUCCCAACCGAGAAGCUACCACCAAAGAAGAAACGCCUGCGCUUAGCCGAGGCCUCCCAGUCAUCGGGGGAGUCCAGUUUCGAGUCAAUCUCCCUGUCUCGCAGCCCAAGCCAGGAGAGCAGCAUCUCUCACACCUCCAGCCGUUCUGCUUCCUUCGAGGAUUCGGGCAAGCCUGAAUCUGAAAUGCAGACAGUUAAGGGCCCUCAUGGUUCUCAUAUGUUGACUGUACCUUCAGGCUAUCAGCACCAUCAUUCUCAAAAGGAGAUGCGGCGAUCAGCCUCAGAACAAGCCCCCGCCAGCCCACCGCACCCGUCUCAAAUAGUGGAGUCCAGAAGCAAGUCCUUUGACUACGGGUCCUUGUCACUGCAACAGAGUUCAGCCUCCUGGAAGGAGAGGCGGAAAUGUCUCCUGGUAAAGCACGCUACUCUCGGGGAGCCCGAUCAAGAGGAGAUCCCUCCUGGGCAGCUUACCAAACCGGGCAGUCCCAAAGUUUACCGAUCCUACCCUAGUCCACCCAUUUUUGCACUUGAGGAUCAUAGCAUGGCCAGCACUUCGACUAGGCUGAGCUCAGAGUCCAUAGGGAAGACACUGCAGCUGUUCCAGCCACCACUUCUGCCCAUUCCACAGACUUCUUUUCCCUUUCAUCCAACUGGGUCUGAGGCCUUUUCCUCCAGGCAUUUGGCCAGGAUCUUACCAGUGACCACCGCGAUAUCUGAUGUCUUGUCCACCCAGAUCCUUCACGGGGCUUUCCUUCAGACACCUCCCCCACGGUUCCACCCGACACACCCAAACAUCACUGAAGGCCUUGGAUUCCCCCUCCAGCCUCUGCAGUCUCUGCUCCCUCUGCAUGGCCAGAGUGGCAUUACCCAGGCUGUUUACUUCCCCAUGCCUGGUGGUCUGAGUAUUCACGUGCCCACAGGGCCUCUCUACAGAGACCCGAGGCCAUCCUAUUCUAGUGCCCACGGGUCUGGCCCAGCCAACCAGCAACUCGUGUCCUCCCACCCUCAUCCCCGGCCUAUCAUAUCCCCCUGUCAGGAGCAGUUCACGCCUGUAGUGUCCGUAGUGGUGCCAGUCCGCCUUCAGACACACAUUCCUACCUACGCCAGUGCCAUGUACACCACCCUCUCCCAGAUUCUGGUCACGACCCAGUCUCAACAGCCAAUAUGCUGCACAGCCAUGGUCCUUAUGGGACAACUGGAGGAGGAUAAGCUGCAGAGGUCUUACCUGAAGAUCCCCACCCCGCAUUUUAAGAGCUAUCUGCCUAUGCCUCUGGGGUAUGGUGUAGGGGCAGGUUCCGAUGACGGUCCUUUGGGAGCUGGGGGAAGCAAGCGUAUGCUCUCUCCGGCGGGGAGUCUUGAACUUAGUUCCGAAGCCCAGCGGCAGCAGAAACGUGUGAAGGAGGAAGAGGAGGAGGAAGAAGAAGAAGACAAGUGCAGAAAGAAAGAUGUAACUGAGGCAGAGAAGAUGAAAGAUCAUAAGAGACACCUCAAAAUUGAGCAGGCGAAAGAGAAAUCAAGAAUAGCAGGAGAAACAACGCAAGAGAGUGAGGAAAAAGUUGAAUUGAAAGAUAGAGAAAAGGCGACUGGGGCAACCAGGCAGGAGGCAUCCCUGGUGACCGUGGAAACCCUCAAGAAAGAGGAAAGGGAAGAUGAGAGCCAUGGGAAGACACCUUGGAUUGAGGGUUUACAGAGAUCCAAACAGCCCACCUAUGCUAGCCUCCACACCACCACCUCAGUAAGCUGGUGCUACUUGAACUACAUUAAGCCCAACCCAACCACACAGCAGGACCCACAAACCUCUGUGUACUCCUCCUGGUCUAUUAGCGUACAUAACCCCAAUCUGCCCGGCCUGUCCACCAAAAUGGUACUGUCUCUACUUCGCUCCAAGCAGAAGCACAGUCUUGAGACCUACACCACGGCAAUGGCACCACCACUAACUUCUGGCAAGCUUGUACCUUCCAGCAACAGAAAUCCCAGAGUGUCAGAGGUACGUUCAGCCCCAUCCAGCACGCCCGUCAAAGUGAAGGAAGAGCCAUCCCAAGAGAAAAAAGAAACAAAGGCCAAAAUCGAGGAAGAGUCGCCUUCUACCUCCAAACAGAGUGAACCUCCCCGUAUUCGCAUCUUUGAGGGCGGGUACAAGUCCAACGAGGAGUAUGUGUACGUACGAGGGAGAGGCAGGGGGAAGUAUGUGUGUGAUGAGUGUGGCAUUCGCUGCAAGAAGCCCAGCAUGCUGAAGAAGCACAUCCGCACUCACACUGACGUCCGGCCCUACGUCUGCAAGCACUGCAACUUCGCCUUCAAAACCAAAGGUAACCUCACCAAACAUAUGAAGUCUAAGGCUCACAGCAAAAAAUGCCUGGAGAUGGGCAUAUCUGGGUCCCCGCUGGACGAUCCUGAUGAAGCAGGGGGCAGCGAGGAUCCAGCAUUUGGCUUAGAGGAUUCUGAAGAGCACCAGUUCUCCGAUGUAGAAGAUUCUGAGGAGGGUGAUGACAACGAGGAGGAAGACGACGAUUGCUCCGACGAUCCACCAUCCUCCUGCUCCACCGACACCCGUCCGUCCAACAGUGGUCAGUCUGACAGCAGCCAGAGCCUGCAGCUUGACCUCCCGGAGCACCUCUCCUUCCCCCCUUCCAGCGGCGGCAGCGGCGGCCACGACUACCCCUCCCCGCGGAGGCCCUGGCCCAGCGCCCGCGCUGCCUCCCCAGGCAGCAAGAGGGCGAUGUUCUCGCGCCGGCGCUGGGAAGCCUCUCCGCGGGCCUUCUCCCCAGCCAGCGAGGGUGGCUCCUCGCUCCGCAGCCUCUCGCCACGCCUGGAGCUGUCCUCGCCCAGCCGCCACCUCUCGCCCUCCCCAGAGCGCGGCCCCUCACCCGCCUCCAUGAGGACCCUGUCCCCCCUGCAGCCCCUGUCCCCGAUGCGGCCCCUCUCCCCGGGCCGCUACCACAGCUCCAGGGCCCGGCUCAGCCCCUCCCCCCUGCGGGCGCAGCACUACAGGCACCACAGCUCCCCCGCACAUCUCCCCUGGGACUCGGCUGGCACACACACACGCUCCGAGCCUCGACAGGAGAGACCUGGAACUCCACGCGAGGGGCUGACCUUACCCGAGGCUGUUCUGUUCCCCCCUGCUCUCCGCCUCUCCUCCGGGUCUGGGUCUGGGUUUGGGUCCAGCUCCAUGUUCGGGUCUGAGUCCAUGCCCACCGGUGCCUCCAGGACCAUGGACCACAUGUUCAGUCACCUCCCGCUCCACUCCCAGGACCAGGCCCGCGUCCCCUAUCACAUGAUCCCCAUCGGGGGGAUCCAGAUGGUGCAGGCGCGGCCCCGAGCCAAACUGGAAAGGAGUCCGUCGUCCGCAGCCUCCUCUCCCACCUCCCCUAAAGAGGACAUUGCGUUGUUCCACGCCACGCCGCCCGGGACGAGUGAGAUGAGGACUCAGAAAGACUACAAAUCCCAGACCUUGCAGCAGCGAAGCAGCCAAUCAGGGCCAAGUAUUCCAGGCAUGGUCACCACACUCCCCAGCCCGGCCAGUUUACACCCUGGCAAGCAGGAACAGGAGCUGGAUGCGACCAAACGCAAACAGCAUGGCAGCUCACACACUUCCCCAACAGAUACACACUCAUUAGUUACUGAGCGAACGGACGCACAGGCCUCCAGCUACAGCCACGCACCGGAGCAGAUCACCGACAGGCUCUCCGGCCUGAGAGUGUCGUCCUUUUCCUCCAAUCAAAGAACUAGACAGCUGCCCGAAAGGAAGGCGCCUCCGUCGAGGCGGGGCUCCUCAUUGGCUGAGAGAGAGGAAGAGGGAGGAGACAGUGCCAGCAGAAGGGACUGCACCCUGGGAGACACUUAACCUGCGUUUCAUAUCUCUGCUUGGUCUUUCACGCUCUAUCUGGCUUACUCUCUCUCUCUCUUUCUUUUUUUUUAUUUAUAUUAUUUUUUUGUAAUGGUUUUGGUUUUUUAUAAACAUUUUCAGUACUAUUGUUAACUUAAAUGUUUGUUCUUGCAAUAUUCAGGAUUGUAAUAAGAUGCACUUUCUUUUCUUUGAGAUGAUAAUACUUAUGUAAACCUAUCCAAUCUAUCCCCCUUGUAUCUUUGUUGACAUUGCAAUCUUAAUAUAUAUUUCAAUAUGUACAUGUAAAAUGAUGAGGAAUACAUUUGUAAAUGAGAUAAGUACUUUAAUCACCAAUAAUUCCAAUUUGUCCAGUGUCCAGUAUUACUCCAUAUAUAGUUAUCUGUGCCUUUCUGUCUGGGUCUUUUUGCUUGAAGUGUAGAUAAGGAGGAAAAGGCUGUGAAUUUUACUCAUAUAUAUAAAUAUAUAUAUAUAUGAUAUAAUCUUGUGUUUCAGUGGAGCUGAUGUUGGGGAAGGGGUAGUUUAUGAUUUGUUUUGUUUUGUUUUGUUUUGUUUUGUUUUGUUUUGUUUUGUUUUGUUUUGUUUUUUUAAAGUCAGGGUCAGCACAGUGGCCCAGACGGCCCAGCAAGAGUGGGAUGUAAAAGAAAGCUUUGCCAAGCAAAUGCACUGAAGUCAUAUUUUUAAUAGAAAAAAAGAUGAUUAGAUCUUAUGUGUGUACAGAUAGGAAGUAUAUGGUCCAUAUUUAUUGUAAUUUUAAAAUAUGAAAUGUUAUUUUGUUACAUUUUGUUUCAAACCAUUUUUGUUAUUUUUUCCAGAGGUUUUGUAUUGGUCUUAUAUUUGCAUUUUUACUUUGUUUUAUGACUUGAAACUGAAUUAUGAAGGCAGAGGAUAAGAGAGGGACUUAUUGGUAGCAACAGGUCAGAUGGUUAAAAUUCCCUGCAGGUCUGACACAAAGUAACUUUCUACUUUCUUGAACCAAUAAACGUGCACCAGACUUUA